UAUUGUUCUGAGACAAGGGAGAGGGUGAUUGCCUAGAAAUGUGAUGGAGACGCUUGUUUUUCGCACCUCUAUUGAUCCCUGUUCCACCUCUAGAGGACAUGGCCAAUUUCAUGCCUCCCCACAACUUGUCUGCUCUCACCCUGGUCGUAGCCAUGGGGAUUUCGCUGUUGAGCCAUGUCAUGGCCCAGUUGUAAGAGGUGGAGCUCAAUGUCAGGUACUAGACCGAAGCAAAUGUGACAUGGAUAAACAUCUUCUAGUUUUGAGGACUAAAGCCAGUGCUACAAGCUCUGGUUACAAAUGUUUGCUGCCGUGGUCGUCACAAAAUUCUCUACUGAAGAAAAGAUGUCCUUCAAAUCUGCCGAUGUUUUCACAUUGCUGCAAGUUUGUUGAAUGUGGUAUUCAAAGGAGGACGCGCUUGUCAAUCGACGUCUCCUGUACUGAUGAUGGUGGAGAUUAUGGAGGGGAUUACGGCGGAGAUUAUUUUUCAUCAGGAGAGCAGUAUUCGUAUUCCGAUGGAGAGGCAUCAUCCGGUGGAUCACCUCGUGAAACACGCAGCGGGUACAGUUCAGGAUCUGGAUCUGAAUCGGAACGGGAUGUGUAUUUUGACUUAUUUGAUGACAGCGACAAAUUUGACACAAAAAAAAUUGACGUAGUUGCGCCUUUAAUCAAGUCAUCUUCUCUUAAAAACCACGACUUUCCUAGAAGGAUUGGGAAAGGACUUCUCGUAACUACUGUUUUGUCCGUGGCUUUAACUGGGACUGUGCUUAUUAUAGACUCGUACAUAUGGAAAGUUAUACGGAAGCCCCUGGCACAUUAUUUUCUCACGGUUCCCUUCUGUGUAGCAGCAGCUGCGUCAGCAUAUUUCGGUACCAUCUGUGUGCCAUUGUUGGAAAGAUUAAAAGCUCACCAAGUGUUCCGGAUAGAGGGUCCUGCCGCUCAUCAGAGCAAAGUUGGCACCCCAACCAUGGGGGGUUUGUAUUUUGUUCCGAUAGGUGUAGGGGUCGCAAGACUGGUUACUGGAUAUUGGUCCACAGAGCUGUGGGGAGUGUGUGUCGCAACACUGGCUUUUGCAGCAAUUGGAUUUUUAGAUGAUUGGUUUGUGCUUUUGCGGAAGCACAACUACGGCAUGCGAGGAUCAUUGAAGUUUUUAUUGCAGGUUGCUGUUGGUGUGUGUUUUGUAUUCUGGCUCGACAAUGCAAGCCUACGGUCCCCUUAUAAAAUGAAUAGGUUGGUCCCUUUGCCAGCUCCUUUUGGGCUUCUUUAUCUAGGUAAUUGGUAUUUACCAUUGACGGCCUUCUGCUUUGCUGCAAUGAGUAAUGGAGUUAAUCUGACGGAUGGGUUAGAUGGUUUGGCUGCGGGCACGUCAGCUGCUGCAUACAUCGGGAUGGCUAUUGCUGUUCUCCCUAUCUAUCCUGGUCUAGGUGUUUUUGGAGUAUCAAUGGCAGGGGCAUGCAUGGGAUUUUUGACACAAAACAAGUAUAAGGCAAAGGUAUUUAUGGGAAAUACUGGUUCUCUAGCACUUGGAGGAGGCUUAGCAGCCAUGGCGAGUUGCACGGGUAUGUUCCUGCCAUUGUUCAUCGCCUCAGGGGUAUUCAUCAUAGAAACGGUCUCUGUUAUAGUACAGGUAUCAUUCUUCAAGCUUACAAAGCGAUUGGAAGGCAAGGGACGUCGGGUGCUAAGGAUGGCACCCUUUCACCAUCACUUGGAACUGAUAGGAUGGAAAGAGCCCAGUAUUGUAGCUGCUGCAUAUGUGGUUGCAUACAUUUUGGCCAUAGCUGCAUUGCACACAGGCCUCACAUCUGCAUAGCCAGGGAUAACACCAUUGUGCUUGGAAGAUUUCUGCCUUACAAGAUGGUCACAACCUUGUGCUGCAGCAGUGGAUUCAUUUGUGCUUCCCUAUGUUUCAGUGCUAAACAUACAAUGGGAAGAGGGAGGUUUUUGAAUUAGCUUCUCUAUCUUUAUCAGAUUAAAAUUCCAACUUAGCCUCUGUAGAUUGAGCUCUUGGUAUCCCUAUUGCAUCUUAUCUUUGAACCCUGAAUUGGUCUCAGUCAACAAGACCAAUAGUUUUGAAUAAUCAACAAAAAACACAAGAUACACAUUUGCAACUAUUAAUCAGUGAAUUUGCUUUUAGUCU